AUGCCGUCGCCACCAGCCGGACGCUCUGGCAGAGCAUCUACUGCCGCACCCGCCCGCAAAUCUUCAACUCAAACCCUCAAAUCACGCGCUUCUGCCUCCGCUCGCUCCUCCGCGCUGCCAGUAGAGAUACCAGAUGAGGGGCCAGCAACUUCACUACGGACCCAAAUAUGUGGCAUAUUCGCAGAAACACAGCGUAACACGGCAACACAACGGAAGUUGAUCAUCAAUCUGAGGAAAAUUCAAGAAGCAUGUUGCUAUGAGCCCACGAGCACGAAGAAGAAUCAGAAGCAGGAAGAUUUCGAGGAGUCGGAUUUCAAUGAAGAGGUUGGGCGGUGUGCAAUUCGAGUGCUUACGGUCAAGAAGAGCGAGCCGGUUGGAGAUAGAAUUGUACGGUUUCUAGGCUUGUUCUUGAAGCAUGCGAGUGAAAAGGUGCAGCCUGAAGAUGUAGACACGACAGACGCACUCCCCGAAACCCCGGCCAGCCGCCUUACCUCGCACAUAUUGUCCAUCCUUUUGCCAUUGUUGACAGUCAGAGACAAGACCGUACGCUUCCGCGUCACUCAGAUAAUCGCACACAUAGUCAAUACCUUAGACUCGAUUGAUGAUGAGUUGUUCCAGCUAGUUCGACUCGGGUUAUUAAAGCGCCUCAGGGACAAGGAAGCAAACAUACGCGUUCAAGCAGUAAUUGGCCUCGGUCGCCUUGCGGAUGGAGGCGAAGCAGAUGAAGAUGAUGAGGAUAGUGACGAUGAAGUCGCCGGAGGAAUCCUUGAAAAACUGCUCGAUGUUCUCCAAAACGACCCCAGCGCAGAAGUACGGAGAUCUCUACUGCUCAACCUGCCCUUUACACCAGGCACUCUUCCGUAUCUCCUAGAACGAGCCAGGGAUUUGGACGCAGCCACUCGGCGAGCACUCUAUUCAAGAUUGUUGCCCGCUCUUGGUGACUUUCGCCAUCUUUCACUCACCCAUCGAGAAAAGCUCCUUCGAUGGGGAUUACGCGACCGCGACGAAAACGUUCGUAAAGCAACUGCCAGGCUUUUCCGAGAACGCUGGAUCGAAGACUGCGCCAUCUCUCAGAAAGCAGCCGAAGAAGAAGCCCCCCCCCAAGGACAAGUUUCGGCUCCUCGCUUUGAAGCGCUUCUGGAAUUGCUAGAGCGUAUCGAUGUUGUCAACUCUGGUGUGGAGGGCGGCAUUGCCUUCGAAGCUAUGAAGGAACUCUGGGACGGUCGACCCGACUAUGUGGACUUCAUCACCUUCGAUGAUGAUUUCUGGAACGACUUGACUCCCGAGAGCGCGUUCGUUGCCAGGACCUUCAACGACUAUUGUCGCGAGGCAGAAGGAAACAAGCUUCAAGACAUGGUGGAGGACAAGAUGCCCGUAGUAACGGCUUUUGCAUUUUUUGUUCAGAAACAUCUCAACGUCCUUAUCGACGACGUCCGCAAAGUGGCGCUCCAAGACCAAGACGACGCGGACGCUGAAGAGGACACUGUUCAACAAGAGUUCUGUGUAGAACAGCUAUUGCAUAUUGCCAUGACCCUCGAUUACACGGACGAGGUCGGUCGUCGCCAGAUGUUCUCUAUUAUGCGAGGAGCUCUUGCUCUUGCAGAACUUCCAGAGGAAUGCACAAAGCUGGUUGUCGAUGUUUUACGAACAGUCUGUGGGGUUAACGCAGCUGGCGAGCGUGAAUUCUGUGACAUCGUUCUUGAGGCUGUCGCCGAGGUCCACGACACCAUCUUGGGCGAGGAUCCUACUCAGGAAGAUGCCGACGAGAGUUUCCAUUCCGCAAGGUCCGAGCUGAGUGACGAGCUCACACCAACAAAGGCGAAGAAGAACCAGAAGAGAGGCAAAGAUGAAGACAGUUCCGAGAUCGACGAAGAAAAGGCCAUCCGGGAAAUUAUGGUAAACAUGAAAUGUCUCCAUAUUGCCCAGUGCAUGUUGCAGAACGUUCAGUGCGACCUUGAAGAAAACAACAUUCUGGUAACGAUGUUGAACAACCUCGUUGUUCCAGCAGUGCGAAGUAACGAGGCGCCGAUUCGAGAACGGGGACUACUAUGCUUAGGCCUAUGCUGUCUCCUUAGUAAGAAUCUGGCAUCCGAGAACAUGACUUUGUUCCUCCACUGCUUCACGAAAGGGCAUGAUACACUGCAAAUUAUCGCGGUUCAAAUUCUUACCGAUACUUUGAUCACACAUCCAUCUCUCCUCGCCCCGCCUCUAGCAGCGCAGGAUGCCUCAACACAUGAUCCAUCCCCAAUCAAUCCUCUUCUCAAGCCUUUGACUAAAACCUUUCUUCGGGCUCUUGCUUCGCCUUCGCCAUCGUUACCUCUCACAGCCUGCCUCGCAGUUGCCAAGCUCUUACUCUUGGGCCUGCUUCCAGCCGCCUCUUCAAUGGAAAUUCUGAAGGCACUUACCAUUGCCUACUUCAACCCUGAGACAGCAGAGAACCCAGCUCUCCGUCAAGCUCUUACAUAUUUCCUUCCCGUUUUCUGUCACUCGAGGCUGUCCAACGCUGCCCUGAUGUCGCAGAUAGCUGUGAGUGUAAUAGGUAAAUUGGUUGUCAUGCGAGAGGAAGCAGAAGAGGAGGAAGAAGAGAUGGUCGGCUGGACUGUUGUGGCCGGAAUGAUAGCGGAGUGGACUGAUGGCAGAAAGGUUGUUGGUGGAGAGUUGUGUAUCAAAGAUCCAGGAGAGCGCAAGGAUGGUGCCGAGGAGCCGCAUGUGCUACUCGCAACGGAGAUUCUGGAGAGAGCGCUUGGAGCUGGCUGCAACAAAGACGAACGUAAACCUCUCCUCACUUUGCUUUCGAAGCUUAACAUCCCCUCCACCAAUUCACCCGACUCCAAAUACCAAGCCGUUAGCCAAGAAGCGUUCCAAACACUCCACAGCCUCGUCGCGGAAGCCGUGGAGACUAAGCUUGCUAUCGAUGCCACAACCCGAAACGCUCUAACGAAGCUCGACACGGCCCUAUCAAAGCGGACGGGGGAGAGCGAUAAAGUCGUGACCACAACAGAGGUGGAGAUUGAGCCAACAAAAUUAGUGGAUGAAGAAGAAGAGACUAUCAUGCUAGGAGACGCCCAGGCUGAAGGAACGGUCAUGCCGCUAGAUGGAAGUGGGGAGGACGACGAUGACUUGACAAUGAGGCAAGGGGGUACGAGUGGAGUGACAGAAGUCGACGACAGUGUCGUGGAUAGACUGUUGGACAGUGAGCUUGAAUGAUUGCAUAAACUGUGAUGUCAUUUUGGCGCUGUGUUUAGGGUGGACGUUCGAAUCUGGGAUUGACGACGCUGCGGCUGGUACACGAUGUCAAUGAUCAUUCGAUUCUUCUAUUAUGAACAGGACGCUACACAAUGGGUUUGCAACUACAGCACGAAUGUGCAGAUAACCUACUCUAUUAAUGUCAGGCUCUUCCCGACCCCCCUUGAACGAAAAUGGCAGUCUACGAAUCUGAUUCUAUUCCAAAACGACCUAGACUUUAGCAACACACUUCCUUGAGGCUUUUGUGCACUUGUUUAGCACCGCUUAAGGUCCUCUGCUACGGUUUAACAGCGGCAGAACGAGAGUGUUAACAAGGCUGAUAGCUGUUUGGACCACUUUAGACGGUGUUGAACUGCCACUUUAUGUUCAAUGGAGCCUGCCUCCUGUGUAUGGUAACCAAAAAGGACCUAGCCUAAUUCGCUUGUAGGGAACGUCACCCAAACUCUCAAGAUGC